GACAUGCUUGGAAACGGCGAAACAAUAUGGGGAUGAUGUUGCUAGACUACAAUUAAGGAUAAUUUUUUUCUCAAUAUUUAUCGUUUAUUAUAAUUACAUUUAUUAAAAGUAAUAUUCUACUUAAUUUGCGAUCUUUCACCGAACAAAUCAGGGUAAUUUUUUCAAUGAUUUCCUAAAUUUAAAUAAACAGAAAACUUAAUUAAUUUUGAUAUAAACAGAUGUCAGUCUACGAUAGAGCAGAGAGAAGUCUCGUCAAUCUAAUAGGAAGUACUGGGAAAAAUAUCGGUCCCGGCUCCUACAAUAUGGAUUCGCCUAAUCCAAAGAAAAUUCAAAUAGAUGGAUAUGCUCCAUUCUUAUCCAUGACAAGCCGUGAAACGUUUCCAUCGCAAAUUGAAACUACAGCGGCUUUACCUGGACCGGGGCAAUACGACCCGGGUACUAUUCAAUUAACAGUUAAAGGUGGUAGUUCCCUCUCGAAUAAGGAGGGUCGAUUUAAACACAAAUCAGAAGUUACUCCGGGACCAGGCCAAUAUAAUCUUGAAGAGAAAAAAGCUUCACCAGUUAAAAUUGAGGCUCCCCACGCAAAAAAUGUUUUAAUUAUGGCGAGAACAAAACCAGUUAAAGUUGCUCAAGCCCCAUCCAUACCAGUUCCUCAGCAGGCCUACGGUUACGAAGAAACCGAAGAUGGGCUGCUACAAAAGCAAAAACCGCCCAAACGAGACGUCUCAUUAGGACCAGCCUAUUAUAGAGUAUCUACAGAUAAAGUCGAAUCGGACUUUAAAGGAACACAGUGGUGUAAGAGAACGAGUCAAAGAUUUACUUUUGGGGGUAGAGAGGGGCCCGGACCCGGAGAAUACGAAGUUGAUUUAAAGAGGUCAACAAGAGCUUUGAACUUAAAUAUCGCCGUUUCGGAAAAAGGCAAACCCGAUCCAAUUAUACCUAGAUAUAAUGAAAUAGUUGAAAUUAAAGCGAAGAAAGAAGGAAUUCCCGGACCGGGAAAAUAUGAAAUACCAAGUCAAUUCGAUAAACUGCAAAAGAAUAAUGUGGAUAAUGUUGAGUUUUCUCCGGAACAUCCGCCAUUCGGUUCUCAAAGUAUGAGAUUCGGUAGGAUGAAAGAAAGUACACCAGCACCAGGUGCUUAUAACGAUCCUAGACAAGCUUUAGACGCUCUAAGAAAAGUUAGUGGCCUUAAGAAAUCUCCUUUUGGUCAAACUAGUGUCAGAUUCAUUUCUGAGAAUCGAGGCGGUCCAGGCCCAGGGGCGUACAAUGCCGGCGGUAUGGGUUCUGAAAGUAUGAGAAAAGCUUACAUGGAAUCGACAAGACGGGGAGUAUUUGGAACAACCGCACCAAGGUCGCACGGUUUAGCGACAAAAACUGAAACUGCUAACCCUGGCCCAUCUCACUAUCAACCCAAAGAAGUGCCAUUUAAACCUAAGUACGAUAAUGCAUCAGCCAAUUUCCAAUCGCUCACAAAUAGAUUUGAAGCUGAAGCAAUCAUUAAGGAUACACCUGCUCCUGGAUCCUACGAUGUUCAUAAGGCUCAUACGAAAUUAAUAAAGAGAGAACUGGCACCGCCUAGGACAACGGAAGCUAAGAAACGACACAAUGCCUUCCAAGUUUCAAGUGGGCGUUUCGUUCCGCCCCACGAUAUAAUUGUAGAUGAAACGGAUCCAAGUAAUCCAGCUCCGAAUAUGUACGCUCCAAAAAUAACCGGCAGAGCAAAUAAUCCAUUGACCGCAAAGGAUAAAAGAUUUAAGAACCUAUCAAAAGAGAAUGUACCAGGACCGGGAACGUACGAAUUUAAUCCACUCAUACAAGAUACAGUAUUAAAGGGAACAUUCAACGCAACGUUGAGCAAUCCUUUGGCGAAUACUUCGCAGAGCGGUAGCAUUCCACCUAGUAAACAAGCGUUUAUGUUGGGCGUCUAA